UGCGGAAAAAAUGAUAGAAACAGGUUUAGUGUUUAUACUCGUCCGUCGCGUUUCUCCCAGCCACGGCUACCCGCGUUUGCGUACUUCUCUACAGCUCUUGCAACGCGAAGAACUCACGGGGUGACGGAUCGAAACUGCAGAAAGCGUAUUCUGCCGCGUUCUCAGCUCGUGGAAAGCGAUUUGUUUGGCUGAAGAGGGAUAGAAACAGGCGCGCGCUCGAGAGUGGAUUAAUCCACCAACGGGGCAGCCUUCUCGCGACGAAGUUCGCACGUUCGUCGUAAAUGGACAGAGCUGUAUAGACUCGAGGGAAAACCCGAUUUUAAUCACCGAACAUCGACGAGUGCUCCCCGCGAGUUAUCGGGAGCCGCGUGCAGAUCAAACGGGUUUAAAGCGAGAGGGAGAAGCUCUGGAAAAAAUCUGUCAGGUUCGUGGUAUCCCUUAAAGGCAGGACGCGAGACGAAAGAAGGAAACAGUCGAAAAAGGAAGACGACAGGCGCGGCAUAAGAGGCUCGCGACCGCUCCUGGCGUCUACAGUAAUACGUCGCUACCGAGGCAGACGGCAAACAUACGAAGCGCUGAGGUUCGCCAAGCCUUUCGAAACGCACUGAAAGAUUAGGCGAUCGUGUAGAAUCGACGCCAUGCUCGACAAACUUUUGAUACUCCUCGUCUUUACGAGCGACAUAUUUGGCUUCGUAAUGCCAGACGCGAUCGAAACGUUCGCGGAGACAGGCAUCGACACAGGCUUGCAUCUAAUCGGAAACCAAACCAGGAUACUACUCGAUAAAUCUCCGAAGCCGCCACCUCGCACCUAUAAAGACGGUUUCUCAGGUUCCCAGCCGCCGGUGAUUACCAUGAACGGUCAAAACAAUUACCAGGCUGGCCAACAAACAUUUUACGCCGAAAGGUCGUCCGGCUAUAAUUGCGAUAAAUGCAACAGAAGUUGCACCAACGUUUUGAAGAGAGGCGAUUACAUAGUGACUCCGGGGAUAGGAGCUCACAAGCUGCACACUCGCAAGCAGAACUGGAACGUCGCGCGCAAGGCUUGCAUGGACGAAGGAGGUUACUUGGCCGUUCCGAAUUCGUUGGACGAGGAAACCGUCCUGCUCAAGUGGCUGCAGGCAGCCAAGGUAGAUCGCGCCUGGCUAGGUAUUCACGACCUGUUCGAGGAGGGCGAGUGGGUGACCGUCACGGGCGAGUCGUUGGAGAAGUCUGGCUACGACAGGUGGACUCCAGCGAUUCCAGGCGAUCCAGACAACGCGGGAGGACAUCAGAACUGCGCGAUUCUCAUGGGCGAGCACGGUGGCAUGGACGACAUCCAGUGCGAAAGCUUGUUCUUCUACUUCUGCGAGAUCACCAUGUGCUGAGCCUCUACCGCGAGCACGAAUCUGCGCUAUUGUUUAUUCAAUUUCUUGAACCAAGCUUACAUUUCCCCCGCGACUGAUUGCGCUUUUGAUACCUCUCUCGAAGAAUAAAGUCAG